AUGACAAAAAGACGCGUUUUAUCAUUUUUGCAAAGUCUGUGGGCGAAAGAUUCUGAACAAAAAGUGAAUGAAAUGAUCGACAAGAAUUUGAAAGUUUUAGACGAGCAAGUGAAAGCGGAGAAACACUCGAAAGAGUUGAGGACAAAUACAAUCCACUUCCUCUCUGAAGUCUUUGAAAAGAUUCGAAUGUGUGUGAAAUUUAGUUCUGAAUUUUCCGUCAGUGAUGUCGAAUACAAAAAGAUGUGUGAUGAAAAGUCGAAGGAAUUAACUGAGAAAGCCGAUGAAUACAAAGAAAUUGUGAAAGAGCUGAACAAAUACAACAUUUUCCCGAUCGUCCAAAUUGACAAAGUUGAGGACAUUGUAAAUGCAACACGAGAACUUUUGCGUUUGCGUGCGUCACUUGAAAAUUCGGAGAAGAACGAGAAGAUUAAAAUUGAGAACCAAAAGAGUGAGUUUGAGAAAGACCUUCAAAACUCUCGAAAAAGCCUUUUUGCGAACUUUAACAAAAUUUGUGCGUCACUUAAGUUGGGAGACAACGCAGAUUUAAAUACUUUGAUAUCUGAGGAGGCAAAAAGUGCGACUGGGAAAUUGGAAACAUUAAAAGAAAGUGCGAAGAAGAAUCACGACCUCUUUUCAAAGAAGUCUGCGCAGAUAUAUAGUCUUUCUCCAUAUACCUUUGUUUUUAAAAAUUGGAGUACCGUAUUACCAAUUGCUGUGAAGAUAUUGGAAGCUCUUAGUAGUGCACAAAAGACCAUCAAAGACUAUGAACUGAAAAUGGAAAAUGAUUCAAAGCAAAUGGAUAUUGAGCUUUCACUUUCGGAAGAUCUUGUGAAAUGUGCUGCUUGGGAAGAAGGUAUUCAUGAUGUUGUUGAUUUUGGAAAAGUCUUUUUGGAUGCUAUUAACUCAAAUAAAAGCACAUCGAGGUAUACUUUAAUUAUAGAAAUGGCAGAAUCUUUGAUCCAACAAUUUAACUCGAUAAAAGCGAGUUACGAAGGUGUUAAGAGGUUAUAUGGAAGUUCUCAGAAGAGUCCAGAGAGCAGUCCAGACACUUCAAAAAAGUCGUUUAAAAUGUUUGAAAAGCUCUUUGAUGAUUUGGCUGCACCGAAUAUGAUUAAAAGCGAGCUUGAGAGUCAUUUCAGGUCACUUCGUGUUGAUGAAAGAAGAGAGAAAUAUAAUGAGGAUACCCGCAAGAAGUAUGCGACGUAUUUUACAUUAGCUGUUCAAUUAUUAGAGUUUCAAACGGAUGAACCGGGAUCACAGAUUCUUGAAAUUGCAAAGGAAAUUCGCAAAUUAGAAAACACAAAAAUACUUUUCCUUGAGAAAUAUGUGAAAAAGGAUGACAUCGAAAAGAUUAAAGCGUACGCUGCAAAGAAUGAAAAAUUCAAAAUUCUUGUGCAGAGCGAAAAUGCGUUAGAAAAACGGAAGAGGAGUAUUGGCGAGAGUAGUGAAGACUUUGGUGCAAAGAUGGAGAUGUUUGUCAGGAGUGUCAAUGACCUUAAAAAUCGCUGUGAGGAGUUUUUAGGUGAUGUAGUGUUGCUUCAAAAGAUGCGAGAAACGAAGUGUGUAGUUGAGAAUAUAUACGAAAAGGAGUUUGACAUGGCAAAGAAGUAUAAAGAGUGUCCCGAGAUAUUCAUAUCAUGUUUACAGUCAAUUGCUUUCAGACAUUUUCAAUUAGAAGAAUACACACCUGCAGCUGUUGCUAUAGUGUAUAUCAUACAUUAUAUUUAUGGUGUUGUGGAAGGUCCCGAGUGUAUGUUAAAACUUGAAGAACUUACAAAGGUAUCAGAAGAUAUUAUAAGUUGUGGAAAAGCCGAGUUUGUAGCUUCUGGUGAUGAACAAAUGACAACACAAUUUUUGGUAGAGAAUGCGAAGAUUGCGGCAUUACUAUUCGAACAGGGCAAGAUGCGUCAUGACGCCGUUUGCGUCUUAAAUUUUGUGAUACCACUUUUCAUACAAAAUCGGAACUAUGCGGAGUUGUCAGAAGCGCAUGAGACUGUUGAUAAACUUUACUCGCAAAUCGGGGAUUACCCCGUCAUCAUGUUUUACCAAGUCCAAUUUUUCGGGAAGGAGUUCUUUGGAGACGAACACAAGAAGAUGUACAUCUACACAUCAAAGGAGAGGAACAACGAUUUUAACACUUUAAUAACGAAGAAGUAUACAAAAGUGAUUGAUGGCGUAGAGAUGAAACCACUUGCCAAAACAGUAGCACAAGCAAAAGAUUUGAUAGCGAAGUUACAGAAAUUAGAAAAUGAAACAAAAGAAGAGAAAGAAGAAGGCGGAGAUGAUGAGAAAGUACCUCCUUUCAUUGUAGUUGGCACUUUAACUAUUCACAACGACUUUGAAGAGGUUUCCCGACUUGGUGUGAAGUUCUUGUCUUCGCCGAUAUUUAAGAAUGAAGUGCCAUACCAAGACCCAAAUAUACCGGGAAAGGAUGGGAUGUGUAAGAUGACAACGUUCUUCAAAACAAAUAGAAAAUUGCCAUCAAUGUUAGUUAGAGAGGAAGUCGUGUCGACUAAUCAAAUCAUUAAAACGCCGAUUGAGAGUUCGGUCGAUGAUUAUGUCAAGCGACUUGAAACUAUGAAGAAAGCUGUGCAAUCAUGUCAGAAGUCGAUGAGUGCUGAUAAUGUGAGAAAUUUGGAGAGUGCAGUACAAGGGAGUAUUGGUGCUAAUGUGAAUGGUGGAUUUAAAACGGUGUGUGAUCGAUUCUUAAAAGCGCCUGAUAUCGAAAAAUAUAACGCACAACACGUCUUCGAGUUGUUUGAAAUCAACUGCAAAAUGCUUGCCGUGUCGAAAUUGGAUAUCGAAAUACAUAAAAACAACUUGAAGACUACGGAACAAAUCCAAAUGCAAGCCGUACUCGACUCGGGAUUUUUGGCAUCUUCUAAAGCAAUCAGAGAUGUUAAAGAGGAUGUUGUCAAUUACAUUAAAAAGUGUGGGAAAGAGGAGUUGGUCGAAAAGAUCAAUACUUUGAUUAAUACUUUUUAG